UUGAAGAAAUAAUUGAUUACAAUUAUAAGACGCUGCUUUAUUUGAUUGCUGACGCUUGUUGGGUUCUUUUUUUGAAUGUGACAACACAACCUGAGACGAAAUCAAGGUUAUUAUACAUAGUAUACGACGGAAACAGGUUAUCAAGUGUCAGUGACUUUGUUUUGGUGUAAACUCAUAAGGAAAAUCAUAUAAAUUAUCGUGCUUUGUGAUUGACGUGAAUUAAAUUAAUAACUUUAUAUUAUAAAGAUUCUAGAAUCUUGAAUAUGAAACAGGAGCUGAUUUAUGUUUUUAUAACACUUUUACUAAAUGUAAAUGCUGAUAACGAUUCAGGAUGGACCUUCAUCGGUAAUCCGAUUCUUCUCGCUCGUCCCUGCAAUGGUUCAACUGAUAUAUCAGUUACAUUUGAACCAGGGGUGGCUCCAGAAGAGGAAAAUUCUUACACUGUAUUUAUAGAAAAGAAAUUUCCAAAAACUUCGAGAAUAAUAUUGAAAUUCGAUGCAGAUGCGAGCGUUACGUUGAAAGAUCGGAAUUUUGCAAGAAUAAGCGCAAGUAAAUAUGAAAGCAACACAUUCGAUAUAGUUUUUUUCAAGGAACAUAACGGUAUUAGUUUCAUUGUCAAAGGUCUAACUCCUGGAACAGUUCCGUACUUUACAAAUGUCAAAAUUAAUUCAAAGGAAUACUGCAAAAAACCACUCGGGGGAUUUUUAGAUCAGUAUAUAUCAGGAUACCAAGAUCACGCUGAAAGUGCAAGUAGAGAACCAGCGACGAGCUGUGGACGACGUAAAGUAGGCCACACUGAACUGAUAGUCAGUGCUGCACCAACGAAACCUGGAGAUUGGCCAUGGCAUGUGGCUUUGUACAAACUAGAGCGCUCGUCUAUAAAAUACAUUUGCGGUGGAACCCUCAUCUCUGAGAACUUUGUAUUAACAGCUGCACAUUGUACUUCUUCGAGAGGCGUAAAGCUAUUACCAGAAGUAUUGAGCGUCGUCCUUGGAAAAUACAAUUUAAUCGGAGGCGAUAUUGGAACUCAAGAAAGAGAAGUCUAUCAAAUAAUUCUGCACGACAAGUUUGAACACAGACAUCUAGAUCACGACAUUGCUUUAAUCAAAUUGAAAACAGAAGCUGUUUUUAAUGAUUACGUCCAACCAGCCUGCUUAUGGUACGACAAAGCUCAGGAGAAAUUACCUACAAAUGAAGUUUUAGGAACGAUCGUGGGAUGGGGAUUCGAUAUCAACGAGUCUUUAUCACAUCAGCUAAAUCAAGCUUCAAUGCCGAUUGUAUCAGAGAAUACCUGCAUAAAGAGUAACCCUCUCUUCUACGCAACCGUCCUCAACGAAAAUAAAUUCUGUGCCGGUCAUAGAAACGGAACAUCUGCGUGUAACGGUGAUAGUGGGAGCGCUUUCCAAGUAUUUGUACCAGAUGUAGCAAAGGAUACAAACAAAACGAACGGAGCCUGGUUCGUUCGAGGCAUCGUCUCACUCACCGUGUCAAGGACCGACGUGGCGAUAUGCGAUCCAGAAUAUUAUGUAGUGUUUACUGACGUGGGGAAAUACAUUCAUUGGAUAAACAAGAACAUGAAAAAAAAUUGACAAGUGGUUAUCAAUGCCUAGGCGCUGGAGAUGUCGUAUUCAUUGGCGCGUUGAGAAAUA